GGGUUUAGUCUUUAGUUUUAAGUCCAUAAUAAUCUCAGAUACUAUGGCGGUGAGAGCUGCGGCGGUGGCUCCUCGCGCCUUGAGGCGCCUCUUCUCCACGACUUCGACUUACCCUAUGUUUUCUCCACCUGCAGGAGCCGCCGCCGAAGCAGCUCAAGAGAAAGCCGAGCCUAACGCCAAUCUCUUCGUUUCCGGGCUAAAUAAACGCAGUACUACUACUGAGAAACUUCGGGAAGCCUUUUCCAAAUUUGGAGAUGUAGUUGAUGCUAAAGUAGUGACUGAUCGAGUAUCAGGAUAUUCCAAGGGAUUUGGUUUUGUAAGAUAUGCUACCUUAGAAGAUGCUGCAAAAGGAAUAGAGGGAAUGGAUGGAAAGUUUCUUGAUGGUUGGGUUAUAUUUGCUGAAUAUGCAAGACCAAGGACACCACGUACUCCAGAGAGCAACAUGGCCCCACCAAAUGGCCCUCCCUCAUAUUGCCGUCAAUGACCUAAGGUCCUUGGGCAUUUGUCUAGUUUGCAUUACAUUGACUGUUCUCAUUCGUGAUAAUUUGAAACUAUAUAUUUAUGAUCACUGAAGUGAUAACAUACAACUAGAAUGACUGGUUUUUGAAUUGUUUUGAUCUUUCUAUUCAGAACCAUACCAAUGAUGUUGUAUCAAACUUUGUGCCAAUGAAUACUCUUAGAGAAAUGUUUGUGAUGAUACUCAUGCAUUGCGAAGUGACGGAUAAUGCAGCUUUGUGGGAUAAAACAUGGCUAAACCUUUCUGAUGGGAUUUUACACCAAUGGCGACACAUCCUGCGGUUACCUGAGUUACAGCUAACUGAGGAACAACUAAAGAAUUAUACACUUUUUGAAAUUGAGAGAUUGCUUAUAGAAAAUAAUGGCUCCAGUUUGCAAGAACAUGGUCUCCAUCAACCAGAUACGACAUUAAUUCAGAACAAAACAAAUGCUCUUAUUUUUGAAGAGUUAAAUUUUAAUAGAGCUGAUGCAGAACAAGAGUUCAAUCAGUAAUUCUCUACAUUGAAUGAAGAUAAACUAGCGGCAUUUCAUCAUAUAAUGCAGUCAGUAAAUGACAAAGAAGGCAGGUUAUUUUUCAUUAAUGGACCAGGUGAAACUAGUAAAACUCACUUAUAUAA